ACAGAUCAUAUCCAAUCUUGUGCACGGAACCUAACUCUCCGCCUUCAUAGUUUAUCGCCUCCCCCCAUUGCGGAAGCUACGGUGGGCCGCAGUCGUUCAAGGAGUUAUAGAACUAAAGUAGCCCUUGUCUGAACUGGUCAACAUGGCAAAUGCAUUGAGAAAUUCAUUCAAGUAUGGCUGUUCAGGUUUGUUGUCCCAGCUGUCUCUUCACUGUAGACAUGGGAGAAUAUGUGCCUCUCCAUAUGCAGCCGUCCAACAGAGGAACAAUUCCAGCUCUGCCAAGAUUAAAGUUGACCUGGAUGCAAGCACUGGUGUAGCAGUGAUGUGGAUGCAGAGUCCUCCGGUGAACAGUCUGAGUCUGGACUUCCUCACAGAGUUUGCCAUCAGUUUGGAAAAGCUAGAAAUGGACAAGAGCUGUAGAGGCCUUAUCAUUACUUCAACCCUUCCAAAGGUGUUCUCUGCCGGUCUGGACAUCAUGGAUAUGUAUGGGAAGAGUCCAGAACACUGUGGACAGUUCUGGAAAGCUGUGCAGGAGAUGUGGUUAAAGGUCUAUGCAUCCAACAUGGUCACCAUAGCAGCCAUUAACGGCUCCAGUCCUGCUGGUGGCUGUCUCAUGUCCAUUGCAUGUGACUACAGGAUCAUGGCUGAUAACCCUCGUUAUUCCAUCGGGCUCAACGAGACCAAACUGGGCAUCGUAGCUCCCUUCUGGUUUAAGGACACCAUGGUGAACACAGUGGGCCACCGGACCACAGAGAUGGCCCUGGAACUGGGCCUGCUAUACACCUCUCCUGAGGCCCUGAAGAUCGGCCUGGUCGACCAGCUGGUCCCUGAGGAGCAGGUCCUGACCACAGCCACAGAAACCAUGACCAAGUGGUUGGCCAUCCCAGAUCACGCCAGACAGAUCACCAAGUCUAUGAUGAGGAAACAGACCAUCGACAAGCUGCUGGCCAACAGGGAGGCUGACACUCACAACUUUGUCAGUUUCAUCACCAAGGACUCCAUCCAGAGGUCUCUACGCAUGUACCUGGAGAUGCUGAAGAAGAGAAAGGCCUAAGACACACACACACGGUCACACGCAAUCGAUCCAAUGCUCUCUCUUUCCCCUUAUUUUUUGUUUGGGACAGACGGUGAAGAAAGAAUGCAUUUGAUCAGAUACGCACUUUGCUAACUUGUAUAACAAUAGUGUUCCUAACCUUCUGGUACCCACGACAAAACUGUGAAAGUAAACCAGGGAGCAUCUUGGUAGUUUUGGCGACUAGCCUCCUGUCCUCAUCCUUCCACCGCUCACUGCGUCUGUCAUGCUACCUUAGACUAUUUAGACCCCCCCCCCCCCCUCUCUUUCUACAAGCCAUUAACAAUGAGGGAUAUAAGUGCUCUUAAUCAACCCAAUGAGGAUGAUAUUCUGGAUUGCAUAUAACCAAUGGCAAGUUUGUGACUUGGUUAUGGCUUUCCAUUUGGCCAUUCGGUUGUUCUUCUUCCCGUUGUAUGUCAGUUUGUUUCCUCCCAUCACAACUUUGUAGCUUUUUCUGUUAAAACACAGCGCUCUAAAAUUGUUGAGCGGUAAAAAUGUUACUGUCAUCACAUCCUGACCUUCAUCUUGAAGGUUAUGUUGUUAAUUUUUUUGUCAUCAUUGUGUAUAUGUACUUUGGGGUUGAAAAUAAACAAAAAUUGCUUCAGAA